GAGCUGGAUUAACGGGGCGAGGGGGAAGGGGCCUGCAGAAGGGACUGGGGCUGUCAGCCUCCCGGGGCUCCCCACACUUGUGGCAGGGUGGCCAUGGCUCCUGAGGCUCUGUGGGGUCCAGCACUGGGGUGGCAAAUGUAGGCACAGCUGGCACUGCCACCAUCUCUGCCCUGCUGCAUGGAGCGGGGGACCCCAAGCCGCAAUGGGGGCAGCUGGGGGGGAGCAGGUGGUGGGGCAGGCGGUGGUGCCGGGGGGCAGAGCGUGCUGGGGAGGCUUUUAGCCAGGCUGCGCUGGGAAUCAUCUGCUGCCAUGAAAAACUGCACCGAAAUCACGCUUUGUCCUGAGGCUCUGGACCACAGCAAGACGGAGUUCUGCAACCCUGUCUUUGAGGGCGAGGAGCCUCAGGCAGCACUAGGCACGGAGCACCCACCAGACAAGGACAGGACCAGCCCCAAGUCAUCCCCGGAUGGCCUCGGUCAGCAGCUCUGGGGGCAGGCAGGCUGGCAGUACCGUGCUGACUGCAAGUUCACCUGGCUUUGCGUGGCUCUGAUGAGCGCCGUCCUCCUCUUCCUCAUCGCCCUCCUGCUGGGCAUCGUCAUCCACCAGCUGACAACCCCGCAGCUACCCAGUGCCCCAGCUGCAGCCCUACCCGCCCGCGGCACUGCUGCCACCACCGCAGCGCCCACCCGAAGGGACUCCCCAGCCCCCAAAACAGCUGCCAUUCCAACCCAGAGCUGGCUGCCCACAGCCAGCACGGCAGCACCAGCUUGCGGCGGGACCCUGCGUGGCCCUGAGGGCUCCUUCAGCUCCCCCAACUACCCCGGCCCCUACCCACCCGACGCACUCUGCAUCUGGCACAUCAAGGUGGGCCCUGGCCUCGCCAUCCAGCUGAAGAUGGAGACCUUCAGCGUGGAGGGCACUGCCUCCUGCCUCUUCGACCGUGUGGAGCUCUAUGAAGAGCAGGAGUUUGGCAGCACGAACCCUACUCCGGCUCAGGGGGGCCCAACCAGGUUUUGUGGCAAUGUGGCCCCUCCGACCUUCAACACCAACUCCAACCACCUGCGUGUCACCUUCGUCUCUGACAGCAGUGUGGGUGCCCUGGGUUUCAGCGCCCGCUACCGCGCCGUGGCCCCCAGUGAGAAGAGCUGUGCCUGGGACGAGCACUUGUGCGACCAGGGCCUCUGCCUCCACCUGGGCUUCGUCUGUGAUGGCUUCCAUGACUGCACGGACAAGAGCGAUGAGGCCAACUGCAGCCUGAAGCACAAAGAGUGUGGGGGGCCACUGACCGCCUUGGAGGGGCACUUCUCCACCCCAGGCCAUCCCCAGCCAUACCCGCACCAGCAGCUGUGCCUCUGGCAGAUCUCAGUGCCUGUGGGCCACGUCAUCGACCUGCACUUCCACAACUUCAGCCUGGAGUCACACGAGGACUGCAGCUUCGACUUCGUGGAGGUGCACGACAGCACAGGCACAGGGGCCGCCAGCCUCAUGGGCAGGUUCUGUGGCCACCAGAUGCCACCCACCCUGACCUCCUCACGCCAUGUCAUGACUGUCCUCUUCGUGGCAGACGAGGGAGUAGCAGACGAUGGGUUCUUUGCCACCUACCAAGCCCGCAAUGCCACAGAGAAGACCUGUAGCCCUGCAGAGUUCUCCUGUGGAAAUGGUGAGUGCCGGGCACUGGAGUCUGUGUGUGACGGCUGGCACGACUGCCCUGAUGGCACCGAUGAGCUGAACUGCACUGGGGUCUCCUACCCACCCUUUGGAUCUGUCUGUGAGCCUGUGGAAGUGGAGAUGUGCCUGGGGCUGGGAUACAACGCCACCUCCUUCCCCAACAUCUGGCUGGCUAUCCCGGACCAGGAGGGAGCUGCUGAGGUGCUGCAGGACUAUCAGACGCUGAUGGAGCUCGCCUGCUACCAGCACCUCCGCCUCCUCAUCUGCAGCCUCUUCGUGCCCAAGUGCACCCCGGAUGGGGGUGUCCUGCAGCCCUGCCGAGCGGUGUGCCUGGCUGCUGAGCUGCGGUGCCAGCAGUCCCUUGGCCUCCUCGGUAUCCUCUGGCCCAUCAACUGCAACAUCCUGCCCGACUCCAAUGACCCCAUAGAGUGCUUCCAGCCCUGACCCAGCAAGAGAAGAAGAGCAGGGGCUGAAGCAGCCUGCCCAGAGCCGCCUCCUCACCCCAAAAGUCCAUCCCAUCCUCCUGUUGCAGAUACCCAGCUCCUGGGGUGUUCCCCAUCCGUAGAACCCCAUGAACCCCAUUGCCUGGCUCCUUCUUGCCUGCCCUGAGGUCAGCCCCUCCGCUCAGCCCUCAGCUCAGUGCCUGGAUGCCAUGGGCUUGUGCUGGAGGGGCUUUGCCCAUGCAAAGUCCCACUGCCAAGCAACAUGGACAGAGGCAAGAGGGUUGGGCGCUGUGUCUCCAUCCUCAGCCAUCCCCAGGUGUGUUGGCCAGAGCUGUGCGAUAUUCCCAGCCCACUUCUCGGCUUCAGCUUCUCCAGGCUGUGUGCAGUCUCUUCCCAGCAGCCCUCAGGUAGCUGCUAGCCUAGCAGGGGAACAUUUAGCAGUCCCCAAAUGGGGCAAAGCUGGGCUGAGAUAAGCCAGGCUGCAGGCAGAAGAAAAGCCCAGACCUGCCCAUGUCCUGCAGCCCCAGAGCCAGCAGAAUAAACAGCAUGAGCAGCUGACAAA